GCUGUGCCGGUAGCAGGGGAGGAAGGAGAGAGGAGCCUUUGCUCUGACUAAGAAGGGAUCGGAGAGUCCCCGGGCAUACGGGCUGGAGCCCAGCUGUUGCUCUGCUCUGAUCUCUUCUCUCCCCACGGGCGGGUGUUUCUGUCUCCCUGCAGAAUGAGUCCUUCUCCGAAGGAGGCUUGGGUGCCACUCUGCUUUCUCCACACUGACGUUUCCACUUGAUCCAGCGCUCCCAUCUGCCCCCUGCUCUCGGCUUCCUUCCAGAGGGGCUGCCCCUGCACCUUGAGCCCAGCAGAGCGAGGGGGCCACCAUGCUGAUAAAGGAGUAUCGGAUCUGCAUGCCACUCACCACUGAAGAGUACCGCGUUGGACAGCUCUACAUGAUCAGUAAGCACAGUCACCAGGAGAGCGAAAAAGGCGAGGGUGUGGAAGUGGUGAAAAAUGAGCCGCAUGAAGACCCUGUCCACGGGCCCGGCCAGUUCACCGAGAAACGUGUGCACCUGUCCAGCAAGCUGCCCAGCUGGGCCCGCGCGGUGACCCCCCGGAUAUUCUACAUCACAGAGAAGGCCUGGAACUAUUACCCCUACACCAUUACGGAGUACACGUGCUCCUUCCUGCCAAAGUUCUCCAUUUACAUUGAGACCAAGUACGAGGAUAACUGUGGAGACAACGCGAAUAUCUUCCUCAGUGACAAAGUCCUGGGCGAUCAUGAGGUCACCUUCCUGGACAUCGCCUUUGACGAGAUUCCUGAGCGCUAUUACCAGAGCCCAGAGGACCCACGGUACUUCAGCUCGGUGAAGACGGGCCGGGGGCCCUUGAGAGAAGGCUGGCAGGAGCACACUAAGCCCAUCAUGUGCUCCUACAAACUGGUCACGGUCAAGUUCGAGGUGUGGGGGCUGCAGACACGAGUGGAGCAGUUUGUCCACAAGGUGAUCCGGGACAUCCUGUUGAUAGGACACCGGCAGGCCUUCGCCUGGAUAGACGAGUGGUGCGAGAUGACGAUGGACGAGGUGCGCCAGUAUGAGAGGGAAACUCAGGAAGCCACCAACGAGAUCAUCGGCAGGGUAACGCCCUCCAUUUCCAUCAGCGAGGUGGGGCAGCCCUCGGCCACUCACAGCGCCCCUGCCAGUGCCCCCUCCACGCCACUGAGCGGUGACCCCCCAGAAUUCCUCAGCGCCCCCAAGGACAGGGCCCGGAAGAAAUCCGCUCCGGAAAUGCUGACGCUGCCAGCACUGAGGGAGCGCACCAGUGCUGAGUAAUAGCUACCCUUGGGCCAAGCCCAUCAGACAGACGCAGAGCCCCGAUUUCUUCCCCCCAUGACUUGGGGACAACGCCACCCACCUAACCUGCCUUGAGACGCCUAAACUCUACAGUUGUCCUUCAGAAUGUCGUUCCUUCCCUCCCCAAUAAAAGAGACCCCAGAUUGGUUCCAGAGCCGGA